UCGGAAGAGGAAAAGCGUACAUCAGAAGUAGAAGCGCUUCAUCGCAUGGAGCACAUACUCCGGGGAGCCGAUUUCUCUUUGCUGGAGACCUCGAUGCCGAAAGGCUUGAGGCACGGCGGCGAAUUUGUGUUACCGUUUUACCACGCAAGCGCGAUGCCCGGGUCUACGGAUAUGUUACUGGGUCUGACAGGGCUGAAUAUGCUGACUGAGAAGAUCGUAAACUAAAACAAUUGAGUGUGUGACGGUUUUAUUUCAGAUCGUGCUCUCAAAAUUCCUUUCUGAUUCUGGUGGGUGCAGCUUCGUAUAUGAGACUCGAGCUUCGGUCUGAGACGUGGAUAUUUUUUCCCUUUGAUUUUUCCAGGUCCCGUGGGGCGGACGAUGCGUUCUAUAUAGCGGCAAUUUUUGCGCAAU